CCUCCCCUCCCCUCCCAGACCGAGCGGACGCGCGGUGGAGCCGGACAUCGCAGUGGGACUUCUCAGCGACCGGGACGCAGACAUGAAGCUCAGCGUGGCGCUCUUCUUCGCUGGGUUCUUCGCCGCCCUCGGCGCCGUCUUCUUCCUCCUCUCCUUCGGGACGGACUACUGGCUGCUGGCCUCCGAGACCUGCCACCCCGACGCCGGCGGGGGCACCGGGCCCGGUGGAGUUCCCCUGGAGCGGGGGGACUUUGUGGUGACGCAGCAUGAGCUCAUGGACUCCACCACCUUCUACCACGAGGGCUUCUUCUGGCGCUGCUCCUUCGGAGGGAAGCUGGAGGACGACACCAUGUGGAAGUUCUGGUUCACCAAUCAGCCGCCCUCCAAGGUGUGCAUGCACGCCUACCUGUUUCCGUUUCCUGUGUCCGAGCAGACGCACAACGCCACCUCCUACGACUCUGCUAUAAUCUACAGAGGGUUCUGGAGCAUCUUCAUGCUGGUGGGAUUGGUUGCCGUGGUGCUGGGUGGCUUCAUCAUCAUCUGCGCCGCCCCCUUCGCCAGUCACCGCCUCUAUAAGGCUGGAGGGAGCCUCUUCAUCGCUGCUGGGCUGUUCUUGCUGGCAGUGGUGGUGAUGUUUGUGAUCUGGGUCCAGGUGCUGGACGUGGUGAAUGAGUACGUGACCCACCGCGUCUCCGUCUGCCCAGACUUCCACCUCAACAUCCGCUACGGCCUGUCCUUCAUGUUCGCGCCCGUGGGCGUGUUCUUCAGCCUGCUGGCAGGCCUGCUCUUCCUCCUGAUUGGCCGAUCGUUGCAGCUGCAGUUCAGCUAAGCCCCGGGGUGAAUGCGAUUGGUGGAAGACUGGCUGUGGGCCUUGAAAGUCACUUGCGCAGAUGUGGAGGAGCUGGGGCAGGUUUGGGAUCAUUGGACACCUGUUUAGAGGGCACCUUUUCAAGCUACGACCGCGACAAGGCCGCAGGUGUGUUAGUCCAGGUGUGCUGGGGCCCCGGGCAAUGAAACACAGGUUUCCAUGCUGUAAACAAUAUUUUAAUAUGCAUCCUUUCAUGUUCAUUAUCUUUUUGAGAAUUACGAGAGUGUAACAUUAACCACAGAAACACAGGUUACGCUUCUCAACGUUCAAACACGCGUGUCUGUAUUUUAAUAUUCACAAAACCAUGUUUAAUGUUGAUUUUUGUUCCUCUUCAGCGGGAUGCGUUUGUCUCAGUAGUGCUGUUUCUCUUGUCACACUGAAAGAGCCGAUUUUGUGCGGGUGCUUGUGAAUUUGUGCCUUGGAUGAAUGACUGCCUGUGUCUGUAAUUCACAUCGGGACUGUAUCUUUGAAUUUCUGUCUGAGGAAAGUCACGGCCUUGAACUCUGUUAAUGUGUAGGAAAGCACAAUCCCAAAGGCAUUCAUGUUUAAUAUACUGCAUAUAUUAAUGUCCCCGUCACUUUCAUUUAAGCAUUUAAAGAGUGCGGUUGUGCUAAAGAUAUACUGCUAAAUGGAAUGCAUUUGCAACAUAUUCUAUGGUCGUUGCGUAACAUAUUUAAUUUUUGACUUGACAGCACACUGAAAUAUACAAAAACCAAUUUGUAAGACUUGCGCAUUUUAAUUAAUUUUUACAAACAACUGACAUAUAACUAAACUACUGUCAACUGUUUCAGGAAGAUUGUGUGCUUUGUAAAUACUGGUGUAUAUUGCCGUUUAAUAACAUUCUUAUUUGGUGUUAGAGUUGUCCAUGGAGUGGCCACAUUUUGGAACUUUUUAAAUGCCUUGAACAGACUACCACACCAUUUUAUGUGUUUGUAAUGCUUUAUAGUGGUGUAAUAUGGCAGUAAUAAGCAGUAUAUUACAGAAUAAAAGUAAGGUAUGUGCAGAAUAAAAACAGAAGUAUUAUCAGAAUAAAUAUGCCCACAGAAAAACAUUUAAACUUUUGUUAAUGCUCAGGCACCAACACCUUUUCCUGUGCUAUACGUUAUCCCGGUAUUCUCAUACAAUUUUAAACAUUUUGUAAAAUGUAGACUGGGAUUUCAGGGUUUCUUGUGUAGUUUACACCACUUCAUCACCUUGUACAUUACAGUGUGGCUUUUCUUUCCUGAUAAAAAUUUGAUUGGCUGUGC